AUGACCACCACCACCACCACCAUGCUCAGCCUCCCCCUCGUCCCCCGAUCCCCUUCCCGCGCUGUUCUGCAGAUCCUCCUCUGCGCGCUCCUCCUCCGCGCCCGCCCCGACCUCCUCCCUCCAUGGCACCAUAUCCUCCCCAUCCUCCUCCUCCUCCUCCUCCUCCUUGCCAUCGCCAUCAGCAUCCUCCUUGCACACCGCCACCCCUCCUCCUUUCCUCCUCUCCUCCUCCUCCUAGAAGACCCUACCCCCUCUACCCCGCCACCGUCACCGCCACCGCCACCGCAAUGGAAGUGGGCGAUGCCCGGCUCGCCUCUCUGCAGGCUCGCCGCCGCACGUCUCCAGCCGUGCACGCGCGCACUCGCCGAAGCUCUCCGGCGCGCCGCCGCAGCUCUCCGCGCCGGGGUGCUGUUCUGCGUCGCCGCCGGGGUGCACGCGCUCGCGGGGCGUGUGCGCGGCGUUGAUCCUGGCGGUUCGGCUUCUGGGAGUCCUGGCUGA